AUGGCCGCCCAAGGCUACUACAACAGCGCGUACAGCAGCCCACCUGCAUAUGAACAACACGAUCAUACUCCAGAUCAAAUCAACAGUGUAUCGCCACGGCCGAGCCCGAGUCCAGUAGCAUACAACCACAAUAACGCUCCCUACUACCAACCGGACGACCCUCACGACCCUCAUAACCUCCGCUACAGUCAACAAUCCAUCGGUUCGGAUAAUGGAGCAUACGUUGCAGGAGGGAGAAUAAACGAGCACGAUCAAUACGCAGAGAAUAUUCCGCUCAAGUCGGCGAAUCCUUACGAUAACGGCAACCCCGCAUACGACAACGGGCACCCCCCUCAGCCUUGGAUGCAGCAACCAACUCACUAUGCGCCAGAUCCUGGCAUGAUGGAACCGCAGGCUCCUCGGCGGCAGAAGAAGAAGAAAGGGUUCUUUCAGAAGAAGAUCGCCUAUGUUACCUAUAUCUUAACGCUAGCUCAGGUCAUAGUCUUCAUUGUUGAGUUGGUGAAGAUGGGCCAACUUACCGGAAGCCCAAUCCAAACGAAGCCCCAGUUCAACCCGAUGGUUGGCCCCUCCGCAUACGUCCAGAUCAACAUGGGUGCGAGAUAUACCCCGUGCAUGAAGAAUGUGCCCGGAGUUCAGAACGCUACUCAACAAGUUCUCUUUCCCUGCCCGAAUGCUACGACCACAGACUCGGACUGUUCUCUGUCCGAACUGUGCGGAUUUGACGGAGUUCCAAACCCAACUCCUGGCGGGUCACUCGACGAUCAGCCUGAGCCAGAUCAGUGGUUCCGCUUUAUCAUUCCUAUGUUCCUUCACAGUGGAUUCGUUCAUAUCGGUUUCAACUUGCUAGUCCAGAUGACCAUGGGGGCAGAUAUGGAACGAAUGAUUGGUUGGUGGCGGUAUGGUUUGGUCUACCUGUCCAGCGGUAUCUGGGGCUUCGUUCUUGGAGGCAAUUACGCUGGUCAAGGUGAAGCGUCCUGUGGCUGUUCUGGUGCGCUUUUUGGCAUUCUCGCGCUUUUCGUCUUGGACCUUCUUUACGGUUGGAAAGAUCGCCAGAACCCUUGGGUGGAGUUUAUUAUCAUGAUUCUGGGUAUCGCGGUCUCGUUCGUGCUUGGCCUACUUCCGGGGUUGGACAACUUUUCUCAUCUUGGCGGAUUUACCAUGGGCCUUGCGCUUGGUCUCUGCGUCAUGAGGUCUCCUAAUGCUCUCCGUGAGCGUAUCGGGCUCGCUCGCAGUCCGUACGUCGCCAUGAGCGGCGGUGUUGCCGCGGAAAAUGCCGACUCCGACGCAAACCGCAAGACGUCAAGCGGUUCCAAAUUUGACAAGCUUGGAAAGUUCAGCCCCAAGGGAUUCUUCGCCGGCCGGAAACCUCUAUGGUGGGCUUGGUGGCUGGUCCGUUUAGGGGCAUUGGUCGCUGUUCUCGUUGGCUUCAUCCUUCUUAUUGUGAACUUCUACAAGUACCCGAGCUCCAACUGUUCUUGGUGCUACAGGUUCAGUUGUCUGCCUGUCAAUGGCUGGUGCGACCAAGGAAACCUGUUCUCAAGCUAA